CUAGCGAGCAGUGUGAGGAUCGGAGCGUUUUGUGUAAGCCAGUGUGCGGGGGACAGAUAAGGGAGCCAGCCAGCCCGCCAGCCUGACCCACCGACCCACUGACUGCCUGUUUUUAAUGUGCUGACUCUGGGGAGAUUUUAAAAGACAGCAGCGUAUUGACUCCUCAGACGUGUGCGGAGACCCCGGGCACAAACGCCUCCACUAAACAGCCACAGCCAGCAGAAGAGCAUCAGCAGAAAGAGAGAGCGAGCGAGAGAGAGAGAGAGAGAGAGCAGAUUAAAGAAAAGAAAUCAGAGGACUGAAAAAUCACCGCUCCAAAAUCAGAAAUAAAGAGGAUUUUUUUUUAUUUUUUAUUCUCCUCCUUUUUUCAGUUGAUUUUUUUUAUUUUUUUUUAUUUUCCUGUGUUCCUGGGACAGAGUGACUGGUUCCCCAAUCACAGAAACUGAAGAGAGUCUAAAUAUUAAAGGACAGAACAAAACAAAAAAAAAAAAAAAACAUUUCGUCGAAUCUGAACAUGUUCGAAAUAAGCCGAACACUCAACGCUGCUUUGUUGAGCAAUGAGGGGUCGACAGAGACACAGUGGCGUCAGGCAGAGCUCCCACAGCUCCAGGGCUGGGCAGAGAAGGGAUUGCUGACACAACCAAAGAUGAUCAUCAGUAACAUGGAGGCUCCAGUGACAAAUGGCCCCAGCGGGGGAGGCACCACAGCUAAUGGUCCAACCACCAACAGCCGCGGCUGCCCUUCGCCCAUGCAGACUGGUCCAACGAACGACGACAGCAAGACAAACCUCAUUGUGAACUACCUGCCCCAGAACAUGACCCAGGAGGAGUUCCGCAGCCUGUUUGGUAGCAUCGGUGAAAUCGAGUCCUGCAAGCUUGUUCGUGAUAAGAUCACAGGGCAGAGCCUUGGCUACGGCUUCGUGAACUACAUCGACCCAAAGGAUGCAGAGAAAGCCAUCAACACAUUAAACGGACUCAGACUUCAGACAAAAACAAUUAAGGUGUCAUAUGCACGACCCAGCUCAGCCUCCAUCCGUGAUGCUAACUUGUAUGUCAGCGGCCUGCCCAAGACGAUGACCCAGAAGGAGCUGGAGCAGCUCUUCUCCCAGUACGGACGCAUCAUCACCUCCCGCAUCCUUGUCGACCAGGUCACAGGCCCCGCAGGCGGCUCCCGAGGUGUGGGCUUCAUCCGCUUUGAUAAGAGGAUAGAGGCUGAGGAGGCCAUCAAGGGUCUGAACGGCCAGAAGCCAUCGGGUGCUGCCGAGCCCAUCACGGUCAAGUUCGCCAACAACCCAAGUCAGAAGACCAGCCAAGCACUUCUGUCACAGCUCUACCAGUCCCCCAACCGCCGGUACCCAGGCCCGCUUCACCACCAGGCUCAGAGGUUCAGGCUGGACAAUUUGCUUAAUAUGGCCUAUGGCGUAAAGAGGUUUUCUCCCAUCACCAUUGACAGCAUGACCAGCCUGGUUGGCAUGAACAUCCCUGGGCACACAGGCACCGGUUGGUGCAUCUUUGUGUACAACCUGUCCCCAGAUUCAGACGAGAGUGUGCUCUGGCAGCUGUUCGGGCCAUUCGGUGCCGUCAACAACGUCAAGGUUAUCCGUGACUUCAACACCAACAAGUGCAAAGGCUUCGGCUUUGUCACAAUGACGAAUUACGACGAAGCGGCUAUGGCCAUCGCCAGUCUCAAUGGCUACAGGUUGGGCGACCGUGUCUUGCAAGUCUCCUUCAAGACUAACAAGACACACAAGUCCUGAACUUUAGACAGAUAGAAGCAGAUGUCCCACGCCUAUAUCUGCUACAAAAUUGCCCCAACCCCCUCCUUUCCGCUUCCACUCGUCCCUUAGCCCCUUCAGUCACUACCACCACCACCCGACUACAGCCAUCCAACAAAGCAAACUCAAACUUCAACUGGAACAGAAAUCAACCAACAAAUUGAACUAUAAAUGGCUUAUAUUAUAACUUUGGACCUAUAAGCCAAUGUUGCCUGAGUAUUACAAAAAUUAAAUGAUGAAAAUGUUCACAAGUUUUUAGAAGCUCCUGUGAUAAUGCAGGCUUCUGUUUGUUG